ACUGUGCUCUGCUCUUGUGUUGCGCGCCUCUGUGAUUCAUGUUGCUUCCUGUUUUGUUUUCUGGUUGCAGCACAAUAAGAGUACACGAUAUUAUGCGUUUACUUUAGCCUGUCGUCUUUUCUCUUUCUCUCAGCAUUUCGUCGAUUUCGCUGUAAAUACAACAGAAAACCGCUUUAAAUACACAAUAUUUACACGAUCUUGGGUUAUUUGAACUUAGCGAAGACUUUUAUAGCUAGCAUGCUAACGCGCUAGGCUAGCUGCCCACCCGCUAUCUGUGCACGAUGUAAACAUAAAGGAAACGAAGAUUUUUUUAUUUUAUUGUAUUUUUGUAUUUUAAUUACGUGUAAAUUACUUGAGGAGAGACUGCACAGGAGCGAAAACUCUCGGCUGUCGCCAGAAAUUUUCCGGAGAAUGACGCAUGUUGGAUGGGCUGUAAAGUAGCGUUUCUCAGCAUCGGAGACCAUGGACAGCUCGGUGACCCUGUGGCAGUUCCUGCUUCAGCUUCUGUUGGACCCCAGUAAUGAGAAGCUGAUCUGCUGGACCAAUGAAGAUGGAGAGUUUAAACUCUUGCAGGCCGAGGAGGUGGCCAGAUUAUGGGGCGCCCGCAAGAACAAACCCAGCAUGAACUAUGACAAGCUCAGCCGGGCUCUGCGUUACUAUUACGACAAGAACAUCAUCAGAAAAGUCAAUGGGCAGAAGUUUGUGUACCGCUUUGUGUCCUACCCUGAUAUCUUGAAUGGAGAUGCUAUGACCAGAAUGGAGGGUUCAGAUGGAGGUUCUGAUGGGGCUCUGCAGCUUCUUGACAGACCUACACACAACUCCGGGGAUAAAGACGGAAAAGCGGCACAAGACCGAAGCGGCGCGGCAUCGGGUCAAUCCAAGUCGUCCGGUCGGAAUGACUAUAUCCACUCCGGCUUGUACACAUCCUUCACGCUGAACUCGCUGAAGUCAGGAACACAAAUCUUCAAAUCCAUCAGGAUCGAAAACCCAGGAGAAAAGCUUGUGGAGAAAAAAGCCAUCCAGGAGUCACCCCAACCAUCCACAGUCAUUAAAUACGGGACCAAUAUUCAGAACAGGACGACUGCUGAACUUCAAGGCCCACUGUCCACCCGGACAGAGGCACAGACCGUACACACGGCUUUCUCGCAUGUAGUGUGUAGGUUCGUGGAUGCGCCCUCUGCGGAGAAUUCAGGAAUCUCUUCUUCGCCACCUCCUCAUUCCCCCUCAUCUUCACCGAUGACCGAUUCCCAGGAGCUGAUGAUUGACAGCGAGAAAGAGUCUGUCUCCUCCCAGCCAUCAGAGAUUCACCUGCAGGACACAAUACUGACCAUCGAGACGUCUCAGUCUCCAUCCCAGAGUAACAGUGGAAAGUCUAAGAAACCCAAAGGCCUGGAAUUGAUGCCUACGCUGGUGGUGACCAGCUCUGACCUCCUCAGUCCUCUCAAUCUAAGCCCCUCCCUCCCUACAGCCUCUCUCACCCCAGCUUUCCUGCAGACACCCUUCGUGCUCACCCCUAGUCCACUUCUAUCAAAUAUCCAUUUCUGGAGCACGCUCAGUCCGGUUGCGCCCUUGAGCCCCGCUCGGAGACAGGGCGCACAUACUCUGUUUCAGUUUCCUUCUGUCCUGAGCUCCAGCCAGUUCACCAUACCGGCGCACAGUUUAGAUGGCACCAACACGCCCGGCCCCAUCUCACCCGACACACAGAAGACAUAAAGAGAAAGACAUCGCUCUUCAUCAUUGCCUCGUAUUCUUGAUUGAUAAAUGCAGAUUAACCUUAUUCCUGUUCGAUCAUAAAUUCGAUCCUUUAAGAGUCGUGAGCAUCCACUUGACUCUUGAACCUUCAUG